GAAGAGAUACGCAAAUGUCUCUAGGAUGUAUUGGGGAAGGUCGAACCGACCCCUCAACCACAAAGUGCCAGGAUACUCGCGCAAUCAGCCGCAAAGGGAUUAACGCCAGAUCCUUUCAUACCAUCAUCGAACACCUGCGCUUCCGAAGGGCACGAAGACCGGUCAACGCAAACCGAAAUAACUCGUCCGCUGCAUUGCAGAAACUUCACUGGUCGGAGAUGGCCUAGCUUAAGUAAAUAAAACAUGGUAAACGUCGGUGGAAGAUCAAAAGGCUGUUCUACAUGCCGUAGGAGGAGAAUCAAGUGUGACCAAGCCCGUCCGAUAUGUGAGAGAUGCCGUAGACAUGGUUUGGCCUGUGAUGGACCCCGAGAUCUAACAAUUGUCGAAUGGCGAACCCUGGAGCCGGUGACCACAGCCAUCAAGCCGGGAGGACCUGCAUUUAGAAGACUCCAAGGUUCGAUCGACAUACAUAUACCUCGCUUUGCGACGCCGAGCAUCAAUGAACGGGAGAUAUUCAUAGCUUAUACACGCCGCAAGCUGCUUCCGAAUGGCCCGAUCGACCUAGGCCUGCAACACAUGCAGCUUAGUGAGGGUUCCCAUACCCCCGAGCGAAUGUCCCAUCUAGCUAGCCUAAGUAUGGCCUUCAUCGUCUUCGGUACACAACAUGGGCAGCCUGCUAUUGCCCAUCGCGGAUACGCCAUGCAUGCGAGAGCCUUGAAUCAACUCAACUCGACAUUGGCCCACCCUAAGAAUCGUGCUCGAGAUGACGUGCUUCUAACCGUUGCUACUCUAGCCGUAAUGGAAGGUCUUGCCCCAAGCGGACCGAAGAACUACUUGAAGCACAUGGUUGGGCUUGAAAGGUUAUUAGAACUUCGUGAUCCCCAAUCACUUGAUACGGUCGAAGGGAGAGCCUUGUUCAGGGCGAUCCGUCAUUUCCUGCUGUUCGCAGCUAUACGAUCACGCCGGCCAUCGAUUUUAGCAAGACCGGAGUGGAAGGCAUUCUCAAAUUCCAUCGCGCCAGAAGAUGAGAUCUCCGAACUGGGUCUUUGGCACAUACUAGCGGAUUGCACGGUGCUGAUUGCAGAGCUUGAGAAAAUGACCCCUUGCAUUUUCGGUAUGGCGCAGGAUACGAGUGUUCUAUACCAAAAUGAGUCCAUCCGAUCAAAAGCCUUAACACUAUUGGCAUUGCUUCGAGAAUGGAAGAUCGAAUGGGAUGGCAAUCCGAUGACUCGAUAUCCUGAAUUGCCCGUACCCUCGGACCUUAACUUCGAAACAGCUAGGGACUGCAAUGCGUAUCCUUUUCAAACAACUUAUGAUUUCCACAGUGUACGCAUUGCAACGACUUACAUGUUCUACAACACAACUCUCCUAUUCAUUCAUAAGGUUCUCUCAUCUGUCUCGGACCAACAGAUUGAACCUUACAGUGCAAUCGCUUCAGAGAGGUCGGCGGCUCUUGAGAUAUUGAAAUGCAUUCCCUAUUAUCUUCGACAGGAGUCGCGGUCUCAACUACAUCACUCACCUCUGGUGCAUUGGUCUUUAUCGACAGCAUGGGCAACACUUGGUAGCAGUGACUCUGCGGAGGGGAAAUGGAUGAUGGAUAUUUUGAGAUCAAAUUCUAACGAUAUCGUCGCAAAAGGCUUAUGGACAAAAUGACGAUUAUUCUUC